CAGCUCACCCAGGUGCCCCCCAUGUUUUCGUGCCGCCAUCUCAUCCACGACCAUCUCAAAUACGCCAUGGCCUUUUUGCUCCUAUCAUCGAUGACCCAGGGCACACGAGGGUUCGCUGGCCUCUAUCCUGGUGUCGUGUGCUCUUACACGUGCCCAUAUCCGACUGUCUCGGACGACGGUUUCAAUUGAUGCUCGACUUUUGCAAACCACCAUGCUUUCGCUUUCCUGUCUACCUGCUCUUUUCCUGGCUACAUUAUUACAUUGUGUCCCUCCCUGCCGGUCUUACCUAUUGCCAUGAUUUUCUAUCUUCGACACCCUGACCUUCUAUGUGCUGUCCUGCCCUGAAACACUCUGUUCGCCACCAGAGCAUCCCCUCGCGUGCCUCUGUCACCUACACCCCUUGGGCUCUCGAACUGUCUCUCACUCCGGAAGUCAUCACUCUGCUAGGAGCGUGAACGGGUCUUACCUCUUCCUUUACUUGUUCUCCUGAGUUUCGACAAUUAUGCCCCGUCCAAGACCACCUCCCACCCCAACAGGAUCAACAGACCUCAAAGCACUGGAGAAGGCAGUACAGUCUUCAGACAUGGAAUCCAUGUUUACACUACCACCUCCAGCAUUGAGAUCGAACGAGAAUUCAACGCAGAGCAACCUUGCGAAAAGCAAUUCUCGAGAGAAUACAACAGCCUACUCUCAAAGCACGCCCCCAGUCUCUCCUCAGGACAAGCCACUCGCCUCAAGUCCUCGACAUAAACGCACUGCGUCCGGCGCGGUCAAGACCGGUUCUGAAUCUACCGCGAGCGGGCCCUCAAACUCAUCCUACGCCCUUCCUCCUCCACCCAGUCGAGCCCGAAAGAUCAUACAAAUGAAACCCAAGUCCGCGCCCUCCCCAGACAGUGAUGCCAGCUACGCCCCUCCUGCAGCUCCUACGUCUACCUCCAAUCCCACCACGAAAUCGGCUGGUGCUACUACAAAUUCGAAGCGAAAACAACCUUCGGCCACCAGUGCUGCUGGCCGAAAGAUUGCCCGCAAGACUGCGCACAGCAUCAUUGAACGACGAAGGCGGAGUAAGAUGAAUGAGGAGUUUGGAGUGCUCAAAGACAUGAUCCCAGCUUGUGAAGGGGUGGAAAUGCAUAAACUUGCCAUCCUUCAAGCCGGAAUUGAAUAUGUGCGCUAUCUCGAAGGUUGCGUUGCACAGCUCAAGACAGAGAAUGAGAAGCAAAAGAAGCCAGCACCGGCAGAAAUGCGAUUCGACGAGCAAGUCGAGGACGAGCUCGACGAAGAGGAAGAAGACGAGGAGGAUAUGGCUGAAGAACAACUCGAGCCCGCUCCGCCAGCCAAAGUCCGCAGCGUUCGUCAUGCUGGUGCAAUUCCAAACGAAUGGACGUUCAGGGACUCGCGCAAGUCUUCAGUGGCCUCCCUCAGCAGUUCAUCGUACCCUUCUCCGUAUAUAGCAUCUCAAAGUCAAGGUCAUGCGGACGACCAAGGCGGUAACAGGAAAAGGCCGAUCCUACCGGCGGGGGUAGGCUCAUAUUCAGCCUCGCCAUCUCAGAUUUCUACGAAUGUCACGUCCGCAACUCCUACCCCGACAUUGCUCAGUCCAGCCUUCAAUUCCAUACAUUUUUCACCCGACUUGGCUCGGACGCAGACGAACAGCAGUAUCGGCAGGUCAACGGGUAGCGGGUCCUUGGCUGCCGCUUCGACGUCGAGCUCGUGGACGACAGUCAACCCAAGCCCGAGUAUACAACCACUACCGUCGCCAAAGGCGGCAAUGCACUUACCUCUACCGCAUGCCGUGGCUCAUUUGCAGCUGCCGCAGCCCUACAAUGCCGCUCAGCAUGACAGAGAGGCGCAUAGCAAGUCUCCUGCCGCUUUGAGUGAUGCGUCAGGUACGGCAGAGGCAACGGCUAGUGCUGCCCUGAUGAUGUUGACAAAUGACUGGCGAGGUGCUGCUUCUGGCUCGGGUCAGGGUCAGGCUCCAGGUGAAGAUGUUGUUGACAGAGGGAAAGGAAUGAGUGUCAAGGAUUUGCUGAGUUCGUGACAUAGCCAUGAGAGAGUACUGGGUGGGUUUCGAAUGGCGACUGCACUAUACACGAGGAUGGAUUUGCAUAUAGCUGGCAUGGGCUCCGGAACAUCGAUGUAAGGACGCAGGAUAUGUACCAAUCACAGCAGAGAAAUUAUGUGCCAGUUUUUCAUGCACCUUCAGUAGGCUGGUGAGCCUCACCUACGUGGACCUGAGUAGUGCAUAGAAGCCGC